UUGCCAAAAUCGGGGGCUUUGCUCGACAAUUAUUAUGAUAGAGUCCACGCAACAAACAUUCAAGCUUUGCUCUUAUUAUCUAUUAGAGAGUACGGAACCACAAGAAUGGCACAGAGUUUAGGUAUGCAUCGUAAUAACGAAAAGUGGCAUCCAACCACAUUAUCUCAUGGAGAAAAGGAAGAACAAAAACGUAUCUUUUGUGCUUACGUUCUUGACAGCGUACAUUUGGGACGCCCAUUGGCUAUUGUUGAAAAGGAUGUAGAUGCCGCACACCCAUCAGAAAAUAAAGAUGAUGAAUACGAACCAUUUCCAUUCAAAAUGGAACAUGCAACAAACUUAAUAUCAUCGCCUGACAUUACAAAUAAUAAAACUUCGAUACAAGUUAAUAAGAAAUCAAAAAAGCAUGGAGAAUCGUCCCACAUUAUGUCACGGUUUAAUUGUUUGUGA